AGUUUUGUUGACCUAAACUUUUUAGAUAUCUAAGAUAACUUUUUCUUUUUAUUUUAUUUCCGUUUAUUUUGAGUUAUUUAUUUAGUUAAUUUCAGAAGAUAAUUGUGAAAGUGUAAUGGGUAAAACGGCGCAAGUUGAUGGCGAUAACAAUCCGACUUCGCCUGAAUCGGAUCCCGCGAAGUUGUUGGAAGCUGCUUUACUGCAGAUGGACGGAAUUAUAGCCGAGGCAGGAGGUACGGGUCCGGGCGGAACAGGACCGGGCCGCGCCGCGAGAGCCCGAGCGUUGGAGUUGGCGCAGCAGCUCGCGUCCUCGUUGCAGCACGCCAUCCCGCCACCACCGCGCCCCGAUUUCACUACCGCCAGUGCCAUACUGCGAUGGUUGCAGCAGAACAACAACUCUGUUGCACUUCGCGUCGGCAGUUGCGCAAGUAAUAUCCUUUAAAAUCUAUGAGAGCAUUACCUUCCGUCCAACGCAACAGUGAAAUAUUGCACCGAAAAAUGGUACCGAGUCACGGCUCUGUUAAGCAAUAUAACUGGGGUACA